AUGAGGCUACUCACCUUGUUCUUAUUAACAGGAUUAUCUGGUCUUGUAUUGGCAUCACGUGUCGAAAAGCCCUCUCCACGAGCCCACUUGGUCUGUUUCCAGUGUCCCUAUGUUACCCGCCCGCAGGACUGUAGACUAGUAACCAGCAAAUGUCACACGUGCAAGAUUGAACAGACUGGUAACUACUGGAAAUUAGGAUGUGGAGAACAUCACUGCAAUGGACAAGAGUGCUGCAGGACAAACCUGUGCAAUGGACGACUAACCUGUCCCAGCGGACAAUACCCUGGGGCCGAGGACGGCACGUGUAUUCCCUGUGGCCAUUGUCUUGGUGGAGCUGCUUGUGACUCGGACGGCCACUGCCCCAAUGGUUGUGAACCCGGAUGGCACGGGAUUGGUUGUGAUCAGAAUGAAGGUGUUACUGCUACACCACCGGCUAACUUAGAUUGCCCUCCCGGUAGAUAUGGAUCCGAUUGUAUGAGCUUCUGCUCUGGUCGCUGUUACCUUGGCUCUGUCUGUGACGCUGUGACCGGAGAAUGUCCAGAACUGAACGGUGUCCGCUGUAUACCCGGCUACCAGGGACUCAAGUGUGACCAGCCAUGUGACGCUGGUCGGUAUGGCCCCAACUGUGUAAACGCCUGUUCGAAGAACUGCUACAACGAUACAGCCUGCUAUUCAGAUAGUGGGUUUUGUCCAAUUUUGGGAGCGGGGAUGCCUAGGUGUAAAUCAGGAUGGGAAGGUUCAUUCUGUCAACUAGACUGUGAGCGGGGCCGGUGGGGUCAAGAUUGUACGAAUGUAUGCAGUGCUCAGUGCUGGGAUUUCUCACCGUGUGACGUCGUCUCCGGAAAUUGCGAGCUUUUCCUCGGGAAACCGCGAUGUGCUUCUGGCUGGUCAGGAUACAACUGUGACACACCGUGCCCACGUGGAAUCUAUGGCGAGGACUGUCUAUACAACUGUAGCGGCCAUUGUUACCAUGGUGCCGCGUGUGACCGCAUCACGGGUUUCUGCCCGGUCACUCAUGGAGACCCUCGCUGCGCAUCCGGCUGGCGCGGGGAGACUUGUGAAAUUUCUUGUCCUCAUGAUCGGUACGGCGAGGACUGCGUUCAGGUAUGCAGCAGUCACUGUCGGGAGGGCGGGCUUUGCGACGGCGUCACUGGGUUCUGCCCCCUUCUUCCUGGCCAGCCACGCUGUGAGGACGGAUGGACAGGAGCCAAGUGUGAUCAAAUAUGUUCGGGUGGUGAGAGCGAGGCGUGUGUGCAGAAAUGUACAAACCACUGUUACUCUGAUAACGCCUGCGACCCGAACACUGGCGUCUGCAGUCCUGUCGGAUCUAACCCUCGCUGUAAGGCUGGAUGGUUUGGGGAGCGCUGUGACAAACCGUGUCCACCCGGUUCUCACGGAGUAGACUGUCAACAAAUCUGCACCGGCCACUGCUACCAUGGGGCGGCGUGCAACCCUGUGGACGAGACCUGUCCACAACUGAACGGGCGGGCCAGGUGUGAGCCGGGAUGGCAGGGUCCUAAAUGUGACAUGCACUGUGCUCCUCACACUUUCGGAGCCGACUGCAGCUCUCUGUGUACUGGGGAAUGUUACAACAACACUCCAUGUGACACAGUAACAGGCGCCUGUCCAAGCAUACCCGGUCAACCACGCUGUAAGGCUGGCUAUCACAACCCCUACUGUGAACAAACCUGUAUAACUGGACGAUAUGGAGCAGACUGCCUGCAGGUGUGCUCUGGCAAUUGUAUCAACGGUUCCACGUGUAACCGAGAAAUUGGACAUUGCCCCAUACCAGAGUCAGGGCCACGGUGCGAAGCAGGCUUCUUCGGUGAAUCCUGCGAAUGGGCCUGCAAUCCUGGAACACAUGGCGAGGACUGCAACCAACACUGUAGUGGCCACUGUUACCAAGAUGUCUCGUGCGAGCCCAUAACCGGAAGAUGUCCAGCCGUGGAAGGUGUCAGGAAAUGCGAAGCGGGUUACCAUGGUGACAAGUGUGACAUUGUUUGUGAAGGUGGCACGUUUGGUGAGAACUGCCAACAGAAGUGCGGGAUGUGUUCUGGAUCAUCGUGUGAUCCAGUGACCGGUGUGUGCCCAGGCGGCUGCCAGGCUGGCUACUCCCCACCCCUCUGUACCUCCACGACCCCCAGGCUGUAAACAUAACAACCACCCAGCGAACGACACCCAAACACUGCAUACUGUAAAACCACAUCUUGUGUAAUGUACAGUUUAAUUUCAUGUGUUGGAAAUCCACCCACAAAG